CAGUUACUUCCAUCAGAGGGAAGUUAAAGAUUCAAGACAAGGUAUUUCCACCUAAGAUAGUCGAGUAAAAAAGAAGACCUGAAAAGGGAAUAAUUCAGUUGCUUCCAAUCAAGAACUAUAGAUCAAAAGGAGAAUCUUGAAAAGGCAUACAUCUUACAUACUCUUGAAGCAACCCAUAUACUACCAUUAUACAUAUAAAUAAAGAAAAUAUUGAUAAACAAACAAGUGUGACUAAAGAGGCAGAGGGGGUUUCCCGGCCAUGGAAGAAAUGGUGGUGGAAGCUCUCCUCUUUGGUGAUAGACAAGCACAGCUCCUUGCUGCAAGACAACUUGCUCAAUUUUCCACCAAGCAAAGGCACAACAUCGCCCAAAAAGGCAUAAUUCCUCCAUUGAUUUUGAUGCUGAGUACUAGUGAUUAUGAAGCCAUUGAAGCUGCACUUUUUGCUCUGCUUAGUAUAGCAUUUCGCAGUGAAAGGUUGGCCCCAUGCGCAUACUUCAUUCAAGCGUUUGUUUGGAACAAGAUACUCAUAGCAAAAUCAGGGGCUAUAGCAGUGUUACUAGAUGUGCUUCAAUGCGAAAACAGAUUGUUAGUAGAGCUAGGAGUAGCAUCUCUCUUGACCCUCUCUUCUUGUGCUUCAAAUAAGCUGGCAAUUGCUGCAUCUGGGGCUAUCUCACUUCUACUUGAAUUGUUGAAUUCACAGUCCAACAACAGCAUGAGCUUGCAGGCUAAUUUGGACAUCUUGUCAACACUUCACAAUCUUUCAACUUGCCAUCAGGUCAUCCCUUCCAUUGUUUCAUAUGGUGGGGUAGCUACCUCGCUCGGGCUAAUCAACCUCGCCCCAGAGUCGGUGACGGAAAAAGCUGUGGCGUUGUUAGAGAAUCUUGUUUCGUCAUCAAGAAUUGCACUAGAGGAAGCUGCAGGAACAGUGGGAGCAAUCCAGUGUUUGGUGGAGGCCAUGGAGGAAGGUUCAAGACAAUGUAAAGAACAUGCAGUGGCUAUUCUACUCCAAGUAUGUGAUAGCUGCAGAGACAGAUACAGAGGGAUGAUCUUAAGGGAAGGGGCGAUGGCAGCGCUGCUUCAGUUGAGCGUUGAUGGGACAAAGAGAGCCAGAGACAAUGCUAAAAGACUGGUUUUGCUUCUAAGAGACUGUUCAAAUUGCAGCCAAACGACUAAACAGCCGAAGAAUAUUGUGUUGUUGGAACAGACUAUGAGACAGAUUGAGCAAGGAGUAGGAGAGACAGCAGGGAUGUCAGUAGCUCUUUUGGAGGAAAUGAUUUCAAAACUUAGAACAUGACAUUGAACAUGACAUUUUCAUGUGAUUGAUGUUCUAGUCGUGUUGAUAGUUGCAGUAAAACUCAUCUUCUUUCUGAGUUUUGGAAGGGGGGACCAUGACCAAUCUUGUAUGAUUAUUAUAUCAUAAAAUUUGUACAUAAACUUGGGCUUUAGAUUAGUUUCUUAGCAUGGUAUGAUUUUAUCCGACACUAGGGAGAAAUAAUUAUUUGGCCCUUUACAAACUUUUUUUAGUUUUAUGGCUUUUUACAAGAAAUUUUCAUUUUUUAAAACAUAAGAGAUCUAAAAAAAACACAUAAGAAAUCUGAAAAAAUCAUUUUCUUCUAUUCAAAUUGUAAGAGGCCAAGAGAUCUUACUUCCUCAUACUAUGACAUAGGAAACUCCAUUUCCUAUCUUUUCAGCUCAUUAUUUUUCAUUUCCUUUUCUUUUUAGCUAAAAAAUGUUAGGUUUGGGCGAAAAGAGGAAAAUAGGAGAAAAAGUAGAACAGAGAAGUGGGUUAUUUUCCAUACUUGGUAAGUGAGAACACCCCCUCCAUAAUUAUUUCAAAACUUCUUAAAGGACAGAAAUGAAGAGAAAAAUAUAUUCUAGUUAUACUGAAUAACAAAUACUCCGUAGUUAAUUUAAAAAAAAAAAAAAAAAAAAAAAAAAACACACACACACACACACACAUCUAGAGACUAUUAUUUGGAGAAACUAGGACUCUCGAGUGCCAUGUAAUCUCGAAACAGAGCUGUUAUGCACUUGCAUUUACAAAUCCCCCAGAUGACAAUAAUUCUCUUUCACAGGAGAAGGUAAACAUUGC